UAACAGGAAUUCGUUCCGAGACCAUUUCUGUGCCACAGGAAAUAAAAGCAUUGCAGCUUUGGAAUGAAAUAGAAACACGCCAUCCCAGAUUGGCUGACGUCAGAAAUCAGGUGAUAUUUGCUGUUCGUCAAGAAUAUGUCGAGCUUGGAGAUCAGCUCCUCCUGCUUCAAUCAGGAGACGAAAUUGCCAUUAUCCCCCCCAUUAGUGGAGGGUAGUGCUUUUGAGCCACUUGAGAAAGAUGUGAAUGAAGUUGAAGAGAAACCUAAAGAUAUCAUAAAAUUCACUGCUGAGAAACUUUCAGUAGAUGAAGUCUCACAGUUGGUGACUUCUCCACUCUGUGGUGCCAUAUCCCUGUUUGUAGGGACUACAAGAAAUAAUUUUGAAGGGAAAAAAGUCAUUAGCUUAGAAUAUGAAGCAUAUCUACCAAUGGCAGAAAAUGAAGUCAGAAAAAUUUGUAGUGUCCUUAGGCAAAAAUGGCCAGUCAGACACAUAGCGGUGUUCCAUAGACUUGGCUUAGUUCCAGUGUCAGAAGCAAGCAUUAUCAUUGCUGUGUCGUCAGCGCACAGGGCUGCAUCCCUCGAAGCUGUGAGCUAUGCCAUUGAUACUUUAAAAGCCAAGGUACCCAUAUGGAAAAAGGAAAUGUAUGAAGAAUCAUCGUCAUCUUGGAAAAGAAACAAAGAAUGCUUUUGGGCAACAAGUGAUUAAAUCAUUUAGGUUUUUAGUCUGCAUUUUAAGUUUGGUAACCUAAUCUUUGAUUACAUUUUGAUUUUUUUCUCCGGAAGUUAAGAUAGUUUACUGAGCACGAUUUCUCAUGUUAUACCGGUGAGACAAGAAGGAGGAAAAAAAGCAAAAUAAGUGGGUAUCUAACACUGGAACUAGACAUAGAGGAAAGGCUUUAAUGAAAAAACUGGAAGAAUAAUUUAAACGUGAAGAAAGAUGCUUGUGGCAGCCCUUUUAUUCUAUGCCUAAGUGCUAAUUGUAACUCGACUCACUGACAUGUGGCCCCGCCUCCCUGACUUUGUCUCAGCACCUGUCCCCGCCCCCCCCACCUGCAUAUCCAGUGAUGUCACCGUUAUGGGGCAAGCAUUACGGGAAUGUUGGCAGAACUGGGAAGUAUAAAAAGUCAUUAUUGGACAGGCAUGAUACGAUAUAUUUUUAGAAUUGAUAUAUUUAAAAAAUAAGCCAAAUAAACACAGGAUUUAAAAAGUUUAAAAGCAUUAUUUUUG